AUGGCAAGUAUAGCCAAAGAGCUAUUAAAACAAUCUUCCAAGACUAUCCCGAUAAUACGAAGCGCGAGAGCGAAGAAAAAUCUCUACGAGUUACUAAACGUGUACCCUAACUAUGGCGUUGGGUUACUGGUGGUCCGUAGGUGGAUGGUGCCCGACAAAUGGGUUGGAAAGGGGUUUAAAGACUGUUACUACAAAGUUACAAGAGUUCGUUUGAAACCAUUGAACAUUAAACACGGGCGAGCAUUUGGAAUUCAGUAUUGGAAUGGCGAACCAAUAAAUAACAAGAGAGAAGUUGUGAUCAGAGGAGAUCUCAAAUGGGGUUGGAUGAUAUGGCCAUCCGGAGAUAAGGAAGGACGGUGGGCAUGA